CACGCCCCUUUGGCCGCCGAGGCGUGGAGGCCCGCGGGCCCGGGCGCAGCUCGCGCCGCCCAGCGCUGGCCGAGGCGUGGCGGGCGCGCGGGGGCCGAGGCGCGCGGCCAUGGGGGUCACGGUGGACGUGCACCAGGUGUACAAGUACCCCUUCGAGCAGGUGGUCGCCAGCUUCCUCCGAAAGUACCCCAACCCUAUGGACAAAAAUGUCAUCUCUGUAAAAAUCGUGGAGGAAAAAAGAGAUGAGUCAACAGGAAUUAUCUAUCGAAAGAGGAUUGCAGUCUGUAAGAAUGUUGUUCCAGAAAUUUUAAGGAAGGUGAGCAUUUUAAAGGUACCCAGUAUUCAGCUGGAAGAGGAAUCCUGGCUCAAUCCUCAGGAACGAAACAUGGCCAUACGGAGUCACUGCCUUACGUGGACACAGUAUGCAUCCAUGAAGGAAGAAUCUGUCUUCCGGGAAAGUGUGGAAAAUCCAAAUUGGACGGAGUUCAUUCAGAGAGGCAAGAUUUCAAUCACAGGGGCUGGAUUUCUCAACUGCAUUUUAGAAACUUUUGCCAGCACAUUCUUACGACAGGGAGCCCAGAAGGGAAUUAGAAUAAUGGAGAUGCUGCUGAAGGAACAGUGUGGUGCCCCCUUAGUGGAAUAAAGAAUCAUCAGGAUGCCAUGUGCGUCUGCUGUCUUUCAAGAAUCUGUCUUGGCCACCACACAUCCUAGUCCCAGUUUCUGGACUCCAGGUGCGGGGGUGCAGUGCCAGCAGCUGAGAAGAGGACAUCUCCCCACCAGGACAUAAAGCGAUAAACUCCCCCAGGAGCCUGCUUCCAGCAGGGGGGGUCAGGGAGCCGGACUCCUCCCAGCUGGAUUUUUAUGACCGUCUCAUUAUUGUUUGACAAAUAAAGGAGAAAAAUCCAUAUGACAUUUUGUCCACCCCCCUCAGGAUAUUCUGCUGGUUGUCUGGUGAGGGGGUCUGGGCAGCCAAGGAUAGGAUAAAGUCCUAUGGAGGGUGUCUUUUCCCUUAUGUUGCCAGUAUCAUUGUUCACAAGGAUUCUGGAACAAAUAAAGGAACUGAACCUGGUGCUGAUUCAUAGGUGGCCUGGAAUAAGUGAGCCGUGUCCCAGACCUGUGCUGAAGCCAUGCCAUAUAUAUAGCAAGCUUUAAGAUUCUCAGGAAUCAGGAAGAUUUGAUUUCUGUCCCUGAGUAGUACACAACUGGACCGUGAACUAUGUUUGGUCCCCUGAAAGAACCCGGGACAGGGAGUGGGAAGGUAGGUUCCAGCCUUGGCUCCCACCAACUUGUUCCGCGAUGUGGAGCCGCUCAUUACCCUCUUUGGUUUUUUUAAUGAGUGUGUGGACGGAAUUGUGCCCACAUCUAUCUGCCAGUGGGCUGUGAUGAUAAAAUGAGGCAUUUUGGUGGAAGAAAAUAGAUUAGGGAGACAGGCCUGAGUUUGAGUCCCAGUGCUGCUACCUACUAACUCUGUGAUCUUAUACGUAAUUUUUAAAUCUUUCUGAAAAAAAUUUCUAAAGUGAUAGAUUAGCUUUGUGAGCUUGUUGGACUGAUUUGAGAUCAAGUGUCUAAAGUGCCUGGCAUACUGCCUACUGGAUGGAAGUCCAGUAAGUAGAAGCCAGUCUUACUAUGUGAGAUUAUUUUGAAAAUACAUGUUUCAACUACAGUAUCAGGUAGUAUUCCUGUUUGAAAAUUAGAUGCCAGUAGUUUGCAUUUCCCAUUUUCAGAAACCAAAAUAAAAAUGUACAGUACCUAAUGAAGCUUGAAGAGAGGUAGUAAUUUAGAAUUCAUCUUCUUAAGAUAAAAAUUGAGCCAUUACUGAGAAGUCUUGAGGAAAUUGUUCUUUUUUUAAUAUUUGAAAAAUUUUCCACUUAGUGCAUUGAUGAAUUUCAAAGCAAUUGUACUUUUUAAUACAAGCCUGCCACUGUGUGCCUCUUCUUACUGUAUUUGAGCUAUUGGUGCUGCCUGAGUUUUGUCUUAGGAUAAUUUCCCUUCAUUUCCUUAGUGUUUUAUUCUUAUGUUGGAAGGGAAAGUGAAUGGUAGAAACCACAACACAUUUUGACCUUCGUUUCUAGUUUGUAAAUGGCAUUUGUCAGGCUUUUGAAAUAGUAGGCUUUUUUUUUUUUUCCCAAAAAGAAGAAGUAAUGUGAAUUAUCAUGGUGUUUAAAGGCAAGAGAUUUGUAUUUGGAGACUGGUCCUGGAAUGAACUUGGCACUUCAUCCUCAGCAACUUGCGAUCUCUAAACCUGUAGUUCUUGGACCAAUGCUAUGCAUUAGGAUCUUGUGUGAACUGUCUGCAGUCCUGAUGUCCAGACUGUGCCCCAGGCCAAGAAUCAGAGUCGCUAGGGGUGGAACCCAGGCAUGAGUAUUUUUUAGUACCCCCCCCGCCCAUGUGAUUCCAAUGGGCAGCUAAGGAUGAGAACACUAUGGCAAAUUCUAGAAUUUACUGAAAUUAUCUUUAUCAUGUUUCUGUGUUAAUAUGUCUCAUGUUGGAAAGGAUCUCUGUGCAGGAAGUAGAAAGCAGAAUGGGGAGGCUGCAUUUCUGCCUUGGUUCUUGAAAAUAGGGUGGCCGAUGCACUAGCAGGUGGUCUGAUGGCAUGAGGCAGGCUGGGGCCACUGGGCAUAUACCUGGCCGAACCUCCAGGACCGAGUGGCUGCAUGGCUGAUUUUUAUAGUUCUUUCAGUUCCCUGUUUUCCAGGAAAUGGCACACAGUUGUUUGAAAAAGAAAUCUUCCAGCUUUUACAUGUUGACAGCUGAUUCAGAAUUGUUUGAAACCUUGUGCUGGCCAAAUAAAGCAUGUUUGCCAGUCAGUAGUCACUAGCCCGGCUUUUAGGAGUAUUGAAGACCUGCCUGCACAUCCCAGCCAAUUUGAAUUUUUUUUAUUCUGAGUGUAAGCUGCAUCUGCUUUUCUUUUGAAACUGUGUUUUAUAUGUAUUUUAUGUGUGUUUUCCUCCCCAUUCCUAAGUAAUCUUUUGUGCUUUCUUCAGACUCUUCCUCACUCAGUAGUUUUUUUCCUCCCAGUAUUCAUUUCUUCUGUCAAAUCACAUUUAGGGUUCUGAAGUCUUGUAGUCUUUUUUAGGAUUACUUGGAGUUUGUUAGAUUUUUGAAAUUGUAUGUCUUGUAAUAAAACAUUUAGAAGCUCCUAUUUAGCUUUGUUAUCUACUCUGUGAUGUAAGAAAUGCCUAAAGCAGCCAUGCAGCCUUCUCGGGCAUGCUAAGAACAGGAGUGGGUAAGGGUUAGUUCAUAGGCUUGGCCAGACUCAUUGUGACCGGCUGUGUUAGGGUGACGAGUUACUGUGUGAUUCCUGGACUUCCUCCUGCACCAGACAUCCUUGCUGGGGUGUGCCAAAAUGCAGGUUCUCAGGCCUUCUCUCAGCAAUUCUGAUUUAUAUAAUUUCAGUUGGGACUCGGAUCUGCAUUGUAAAACAAGUUCUCUAGGAGACUAGGUUAUUUUGCUCCACUGACUACAUUUUGAGAAAUACUGAUUUAGGGUGGUGGUUUUUGGUCUCCAUGUCUCGUGUCAUGUAGAAGAUUUUGAAGUCAGUUGGGCCACUGAUCAAUACAGUUGAUUACUCAGUACCCAGGAUAAGGCUCUAAUGUAAAGAGAGGCUGACUUAAGCUCUUUCCACAAGUUGAGGUGUUUUGACCAGGAAAUGGCUUUCAUAGUUUCAGUCAUAAAUGGAUGGAAAUAGUGCUGUAUUUUUGUCUAUAAAUUACUUUGUCUAUAUUAUAAACCGUGUUUACAUACUAGCAUUCCAUGUAUGCAACAUUGUGGGGUGCAUGGAAGAAAGAUCCCAAGGAUAUGUUUUUGUUCCACAUCUUUUUUGCUUCAUUUCAACUGUUUAUGUGGACCUACUUUUACAUUUAGUAUGCAUUUCCCAGCUUUUGCAAACUGAAUCUUCUGAAGAUAAGUAAGUCUUUUCAGGUCAUCAUUUAUGUCAUUAAUUCUUUCAAGUCCCACGUGGUUUUGGUAAAGCACCUGUACUGAAUGGCCCAAAUGUGUCUGCUCCCUGAGUCCACAGCGAUUUUUAGUAAUUUUGUUCUUUUCCUCCACUGAUAUCUGUCAGUCUCUUGCUCACUACCGUGCCUGCCUCUGGGAGUCUUACUCUAAUUUGCUCUGGACAGGCACAUCAUGUAACUGCAUACUAUAUGUUGGGUAAGAGUAAUUGAGGUUUUGAGAGGCUCUUCGAGCAAUUGAAUGAGUGAACUUAGUUUCAGGGCACUUGGGGGCAUUAUUUUAGUGAUUAGCUACCUUCCACCAACUUCCUUCCUGAUCCUCAGCUGCAAUGGUCAGGUCUGUGACCUCAACAGAAGUGAGAUGUUGCUGAAAAUAGCUUCUCCUGAUCCACAAAUUGUCCCCUCAAUUGUGUUCUGUAUUUUUGUAUGUGUAACUUAAGUGAAUUAAAAUUUAAAUGAAAAUUUCUCAGGCCAAGUUUUUAUGCAAGAUAAAGUGUUUUUGAUUCACUGUUACUAUGGUUUAGAGCUAUAAAUUUGUUGUAUAAAUGUACCUGUGAAAUUCUGUCCUGCAGCCAUUCUGAAAUAAAUGUGUGACAACUGA